GCUAACUAAGUUAACUUUUAGGUUUUAAUGAAAAAUAAACAAACGUUUGUUGUAAACUGAAUGGGAGUAUCUGUAUUAAGUUAAUGUUAUUUUUUAUUCUAAAUGUCGUGAACUUUUUUUUUUUUUUUUUAAAGAGAGAGAUACGUUUUAUUUUUAUUUUAUUAUUUUUUGUUUUACAGUACAGCAGCAAACAAACAGAGUUGCGGUUUUAUUUCAUAGUCGGAAGUUCCCAUUGUUUCCAGUGGCUGACUUGAUACACCCCGCCGGUGAUCCGCGGAUCUCCAGGGACGACACUCGCGUACACAAACACGCACGAGCGCACGCGCGCACGAACAAACCGACGUUAGCAGCGGGGCAGCGAGGAGGACACACGACGAAGUGAAUAUGUCUGUAGCAGGUGGUGUGCCGCUGGAGCCGGAGCUGCUCUUCACUCUUUUCAGUUUCACCGUGUAAAUUACUCUCGGUUGGAGGAGGCGGAGACCCAGCGGAGGAGCGUUUGAAGGACAGCCCGAGGAAGAGAGAGUAACUCGGCUCCAGGUCGUUAAGUGAAAAGGACACGACGAGAGGUUGUCGGCUCGGCUGUUGACAUUAAGAAGAGCCUGAGCAUUAGGCAGUGAGUUGUUGAGUGUGCUGCAGGUGUCUUUUUUUUUUUUUUUUUUUUGGAGGAAGAGGAGACAUGCAGGUACCGACACGGAGCAGGAUGGUCCGGCUCCCCGUCUGCUAUUGAUGCUCACUAUCUUCCACCCUGCCUGACCGAAAGUGACCAUGAAGGACACGGGGGAAUCAAAGGACCACCAACUAACCCCGUUCUACCGACCUGUGAUGACAUUAAAUCAUACAGACGCGCACAGAAUAAUGGUUGCCUUGAGGAUCCGACCCCUCAGCGAUGCUGAGCAGGAGGAGGUGGCCACGAUCGUGGCCCACAGAGUGGACGACCAGAUGGUGGUUCUGAUGGACCCCAUGGAGGAUCCUGACGACAUCCUGCGUGCCAACCGCUCCAGGGAGAAGACUUACAUGUUUGACGUGGCAUUCGACUUCUCAGCCAGUCAGGAGGAAGUUUACCGAGCUACAACCAAAGGGCUGAUUGAAGGCCUUAUCUCAGGCUACAAUGCCACUGUGUUUGCCUAUGGACCCACAGGUUGUGGGAAGACGUACACCAUGUUGGGGACAGACAAGGAGCCCGGCAUCUACGUCCGAACACUCAACGACCUGUUCCGUGCCAUCGAGGAGACCAGUGACGACAUGCUGUACAGCGUCUCCAUGUCCUAUCUGGAGAUCUACAACGAGAUGAUUCGUGACCUGCUGAACCCGUCCUCGGGCUUCUUAGACCUAAGGGAAGACUCUAAGGGGGUGAUCCAGGUUGCUGGUAUCACAGAGGUGUCCACCAUCAAUGCCCAAGAGAUCAUGGAACUGCUGAUGAAGGGCAACAAACAGCGCACACAGGAGCCUACUGCCGCCAAUCAGACUUCGUCCCGCUCCCACGCCGUGCUGCAGGUGGCCGUCAAACAGCAGAGCCGCUGUCGCGACGUCCUGCAGGAGGUCCGCUUCGCACGCCUCUUCAUGAUUGACCUCGCCGGCUCUGAGCGAGCAGCACAGACUCAGAAUCGGGGUCAGCGCUUGAAAGAAGGCGCUCACAUCAACCGCUCCCUCCUGGCGUUGGGCAACUGCAUCAACGCCCUGAGUGACAAAAAUGGCAACAAGUACGUCAACUAUCGAGACAGCAAGCUGACGCGCCUCCUGAAGGACUCAUUGGGCGGGAACAGCCGAACAGUCAUGAUAGCCCAUAUCAGCCCUGCCUCUGUGGCUUUUGAGGAGUCUCGUAACACGCUGACGUACGCUGACCGUGCCAAAAGCAUUCGAACACGGGUGAAGAAGAACCUGAUAAAUGUGUCAUACCACAUUGCUCAGUACACCAACAUCAUCUCAGACCUGCGCAGCGAGAUCCAACGCCUCAAAAAGAAGAUUGCGGAUCAGGCGAGCCGCCAGCUCAACUCAGACCGGGCCGACAUCCGCAACGUCCAGGCGGAGGUGCAGGCCCACUCCAGCCAGCAGAGCCGGGCAGAGAUGGACCAUCUGAGGGAGCAGCUUCUGGAUGCUUUCCGCCAACAGAUGGAGAUCAGGAAGAGCCUGAUGGAUCUGGAAAACAGCAACAUGGAGAUCCAGAUUGACACCUCCAAACACCUUCUAACCAUCGCAGACUGGGAGCAGGAGCGGAGCAGGCGCAGGAGGAAGUGGCGUGCCGAAAGGAGGAAGGAAAGUAUGAAUAAGGACGAAAGUGAAAAGGACUCCGAUUCCCCUGAGUCUCCCCCGGACAGCACAGAGACGCAGGAGGUGGCGAUGGCUCGAGAAAACCUGGUGGCGCUCAUGGCCGAGCAGAAGAGGAUUCACAAGCAGAAAUCGUUGCUGGAGCGCAGGUUCCUGGAGCUGAGGGACCGAGCCCGGCGCUUGGAAGAGCUGCUGCCGAGGAGGGUGAGCUCAGAGGAGCAGCGCGAGGUCCUGGGCCUCCUCUGCAAGGUCCAUGAGCUGGAAAUCGAAAAUGCAGAGAUGCAGUCCCACGCGCUGCUCAAAGACAACGUCAUCAGGCAUAAAAACUUUGUGGUGCAGCGCUUUGAGCAGCACAGACACCUGUGUGAUGAAAUCAUCCAGCAGCAGAGGCAGUUUAUUGAUGACCAUAGUCUGCUCGUACCGCCUCACCUCCAGGAGCUGUACGAUGUGUACAUGAGGGAGCUGGAUGAGAGGAAACUGGACCGAGCGAUGGCCCUGGAUAAGGUGACAACCAGACACACCAUCAAGGAGGGCUCUCUACCCAAGAUCACCCUCCCUGUUCAGGGUCGCGACAACACGCUGGACAUGGACUCAGACCAGGAGAGCGUACGCAACAUGUGCACCGACAGCAGACGAGGUCAAGCCAAGAUCCGCAGACACACUUUGCCUCCCAUACUGCCUGAGCCUGAGCUGGACAAUAACAGGGUUUUCAAAAGCAGCCCUCACGCCAGACAGAUGAAAAACUCGGCUGUAAUGACCCCACCUCCCAUCCACAUUAAUGGGAAAGGCAACAGAGAGCAGCUGCAGCCUCUGGCUCCUGAGAGCUCUCUGAGCUACAACCACCUCAGCCACAGUGUCAGCAGCCACCUGGACUCUUCACCUGAGAGCAGUGAGGCCGGUACUGACGUCCCACUCUCACGGAAUGAACGUCAGCAGAUCCUUAAGGGGGUCCAGAACAUCGUGGUAAAAGCAGCCCGUCGACGCACCAAAGCAGUGGAGGUGGACGCCUUGCGGUUGCCCCCCGCGCCGUCUCCCCUGGACCCCAAGAAGCAGAAAAGCAGCCUUUCUCUGAGCGAGGCGCCACCCAGAGGUCUGCCGAUGCGCCGCGGCAGGCAGCCCAGCCCCGAGCUGAGGCACGCCACCUCCGACGACAACCUGUCCAGCAGCACUGGGGAGGGGCCCGGCCUGCACGUGACCUGGACCCGCCCGCGUAACCGCCACGUCGCCGCCAAGAACCAGACGCCUCGUGAGGUGGACUUUGAGGCUCGCCGCAAAAAGAGACGCUCACGCUCUUUUGAGGUCACCGGUCAAGCACUGCCUCAGACCAAGACAACCACAGCCCAGAGGUUUCGGCCCCUGGACAGCACAUCCGACCCCCACCUCCACAUUAACGGUCAGCCCCAGGCCCCCAUGCUGCGUCCCCACUACAGAGGCAUCCCUCACCUCGCCAAAGUCAGGCCCCCCCACAACAGCCAGCAAACGGAGUCCUCAGCGGCCAACUUCAAUAACCUGAGGCGAGGGCCCCAGCUUCGGCAACCCCAGCCCCUCCUCUACAUCUCCACCACGGGCACCGCCGGGGCCCAGCGCACACGCAGACACUGAGCCGACUCACACAUUUACCCCCAGCACCAGCACCAACACCCAAACCAGCCGGGCUACAGAUUUAGGUAGAGACUGACCGGGCAGAAGCUGGAACACCUCCACACGGGUCUCCUGUGUCUCGAUAGGCGCUGACGUGCUCUGACACCUGCAGACGCCAAAGAUCACUAAACGUACACUGUGUGUUCUGUUCUGUCAAGUGUCUCCACCUUAGCUUGCUGUCGUGCUGAAGUGUACUCGUCACGCUCGCUAUGAAUGCAGGACUGUACUGAAGUUUGUUCAUCAUGAGUGAAUAUGGUUUGGUGAGUUAUGUAGCUUGUUAUGAAGACCAGAAACUUAGUCAAUAUGGGAUGUUUAUGUGGCUCAAGCUCACAGUGAUGAUGUAAAUAAGAGUCUAAGGAAAAGAUUACAAAAAAUAAAAACUGAAUUAAAAAAGUGUGAUAAAAGCAGCCCUACUGUCAACAUGGUUCAACAUCAAUGUUUCUUGUAGUGAGAUUGUUUCGAUAUUUGAGGAAUUAAAAUACUUGACCAGCUUUUAUCAUCGUGAACUUCUGGAUUCAAACUCACUGUUGUGUUCUCACAGGCCCGGGGUCUAUGCCUUUUCUUAACCCCGAACUCCCUCGUUAAACGUCAUGUUUGUGUAGAUACCCACAUCAAGUGUUUUUGUUUUCCUUUUUUUUUUU